AGAUACACUUUGUCACCGUCGCUAUCCAAUGCCAGACACCCCUAAUGGACUUGCCCAAGUACUGCCCUGGUGGAAUUCUCUUCUGGGAGUACCGAAACACCUUGCUGAGUCCAUAGUCGACUCACCUCCCGCCUCCAGAUCUCCUCUCCUUCUUAAUAUGGGAAGUGAUGAAGCUAUUUUUUCCAGAUCACAUGAGCCAGGAUGUGGGGGAAUCCUCUUAGGAGCAGAGAUGUGAGACCGAAGGUGCUCAGAGGAAAGUAUGGGGUGAAAGACUUGAGGAGUUUAUAAAGGGAUGACCUCCCAGACAGAACAGAGAGCUUUCAUGCGAGUGAAUUGUCCUCAGGAAGCUACCAGAGAUAUGACUGAAGAAAGCAUCACCAGACAGUUUAGUGCCCCGAUCCAAACAUAUUUCUGUUUUGCCCUCGUUUCUCUCACCAUCUGUCUUCUUGCAUCUUUGGGAACAAUUGUGGUCUUGGUACUUCAAAAGACGGGAUCUGCUGCACAAUGUGAUGGACCCCAGGAUGGAAAGGAAUGUGGAGAGGCCAUGAAAAGUCUCCAAACCAUGGAAUCCAAGAAAGCAGCUGCAUAUCUUCCAGUGUUAAUGCCAAUCAAGCGACCAGAACUGCGAUGGUCUGAUGAAGGCAUCCUGCACAACAUUCACUACGACAAUGGAACGUUGGUGAUCCAGAUGCCCGGAAUGUAUUUCAUCUAUUGCCAUUUGCACAUUUACGUCGCCAAGUGUGAAAGAGAUGAAAUCAACCUGCAAUUAGAGCUUCUGCUGAAUGGUUCCGUCGUGAAGCAAACAGUGCUCACUCUGUGCAGUACUCAGCAGACUUGCAAGGAGAAACGGCAAGAUCUCUUCCUCACUUUUCUGGAGGAUCUGAAGAUGGGGACUAGGAUCACAGCACGCAUCAACCAGUUCAGCUAUGUGGAUGUGAAUGACUUUCCCCAAAACAACAUUUUAGGGGUCUUGAAGUACACUGGCGAAACCUGGAGACUCUUUGUUCAGGACAGUAACUGAUACAUGACUUUCAAAAAUA